GUAUUAGCAAACUCGGCCAUGCUGGAGAUGGCAGUCGGCGAAGCAGAGAUCAAAACCCAGAGGGCUCAGCAAUGGACGUACAUGGUCUCCUUGGAUGAUACCCCAGAGUCAAUUGCUGACAGUCCACGCAUCCAACCGGAGGCGAUCCAGGAUGCAGUGGAGAAGCUUGAGCGAUCGCUGCCCAAGGGACCUGAGGAGCAUCAGGAGUAUGCCGCGAUAGUAUUGGCACGAGCAGCCUUGGCCACAAACGCACCAGAUCGCCUUCAGAGAGUCUCGCACUAUCUUCAAAACAUCCAGCUCCCUCCAACCAAAAUCGUGACUGGAUACAAUUUGGCAUUGAUGGCCUGCGGACUGACGGUUAAAGGAAAAGUAUUGGAGGAAGAGGGCAGGGUCCCGGAAGCUAUUGUUUUCUAUGACCACGUCUCAAACCUGAUCCAGUCUAGUCCCAAUGAAAAGAGCGAAGAGCUGUUCUCAUGGACAGAGCAUGCGCUGUACAGGGGCAGCUUAUUGAAGCUGCGUCUUGGGGACCAGUUGGCAGCCAUUCGUUCAUUUAGAAUGUAUCACAACCAGGCAUUAUCGUGGCCAGUCAAUUUCAGACUGCCAAGACGCGCAAGUCUCUAUCGUCACUUUUCCCAGACACUCUCUUUGUCAUUCAAGAUGUCUACGUACCAGAGCAUCACAAGUGGGAGCGCCAAUGGAGACGAGGAUCCAUCGCAAUUAUAUCCUGCGGUGAUAGGUCUGGAGAUGGCGCAGAUUCAUGCCUAUUGGGAGGACGCACUCUACGCCAUCACAAGGUUCCCAAGGGCGGAUGAAAAGAACUGGCGGAUCUUGGUGAUGAUUGAGCAGAUCAUGGAGGAUCGCAAGUUGCUGGGACCAGGCAACGAUGCCGACAAGCGAGCGUUAGUCGAGACUAUCUAUCGGGCCUCCCAAAAGACGUUCCAGUCACCGCGGAUCAUGCGCUUUUUGUUCUUUGCGCUUGUUGAGAUGGGUCAGUACGAUGAGGCCGAGCUGGCGUUGAAGGCAUACCUGGAUAUGGUCGAGAUCAACUCAAAGGCUAAUAUCGUCCCUGCGGAUGAGGCCUUGACCCACGAGGACCGUGUUCGACUGGACAUCGAGUCCAAAUACGACGUUGCGACAGUUAUGGUCGCAGGGUCUCUGCUCUACGGCAGGGAGUUGAAUAAGGCAGAUGAGGCCCUAAAGUGCGCAAGUAACGCCCUGGAUCACAUCCACCGGCACCUUCAGCAACACGAGGAAAUCAAGGAGCUCCUCAACAAUGCCUACAAGUAUCAGGGAGUCGCGUAUGGACUGCAGGCAUCUCAGACGCACGAACCAGAAAAGCGGCCCGGUCUUUAUGCCAAGGCCGCAGAGUCACUUGCAAAAGCGAUUCAGAUUUUGCCCUUGGCGUUUGAGGGCCACUACUUGCUUGCACUCCAGCUGGGGGAGAUGCGGGAGAUUCCAAAGGCAAUAUUGGCGGUGAAGCAGAGUCUGAGUAUCAACCCCUCCCAUAUUCCGUCGUGGCAUCUCUUGGCUCUGUUGCUUUCAUCUCAGAAGGAUUACAGACGUGCUCUGGAUAUCUGCGCCGUGGGCUUGAAGGAAUCGGAGUGGGACCUUGCUCAAACGGAUGGGUUCUCGGCUUCGCAGGCGGAUGGUGAGGAGUAUUUGUCGCUGCGAAUUACUCAGGCUGUUCUUCAGGACCAUGUUCAUGGACCGGAAUCUGCAUUGCAGCCUCAAGAGUUGUUAUUUGGGCUGUAUACGAAGGUGUUUGCGGCAGAACCGGGCUCCAUGGGUGAGAGUCUUUAUGAUAUUCAGAAUAUUCGACGACGGAAUCAGAGUGAUGUGGAUAUUGCUUCUGGACCGGCCGUGACGGGACGUGCUCGCGCGGGUAGCAUCUUGAGCUCCCGGAGUAGGAAUGGUGUGACGUCCGAUAUUGCACCGGUACCGAAUGGAGUAUAUAGCAACAGUCUCGAUGUCCCCAAACCCAACUACGCGUCAUCGAUCGCAUCUUCAGUUGGGUCGACGAAUUCCAAGAACCGACGUAUUCCUCCACCUGCAGCUGCAGCUGCAGCUGCAGCAGGAGUAGCAGCACCUGGGAAUACUUCUUUGAUCCGGUCUGUGCUCAGUCUCCCAAUUAUGGUGCAGCAACGCGCGACAACAAAAUCGGUGAUGCGCACAGCAAGGUCCAACAAGGUGCUGGUCACCCUGUGGCUGUUGUCUGCGUCAACGUUUCGGCGACUCGGCAAGAUGGAGGACGCGUCAAAGUCGAUUGAGGAGGCUGAACGUGUCGAUGCCUCGAAUCCUGAAGUCUGGUACCAGUUGGGUUUGUUGUACGCUGCGCAGGGUGAUCAGGAAACGGCUUCGGUUUCGUUUUCGAAGGCACUGGCGUUAGCACCGUAUCACCCCACAUGUCUGGCGCGGGUGGGUCGGUCGUAUCUGGAUGCAGGGUCGAUGGAGAUGGCGGAGGGAGUGUUGGAGACGACGACGAAGGGCCUUGGAUGGGAUUGUGCGGAGGCAUGGUUCUACUUGGGCAAGGUGUUUGAGGCGACGGGCCGGUUGACGCGUGCGAAGGAGUGUCUCUGGUAUGCGUUGGAUCUGGAGAGUUCGCGUCCGAUCCGUAGCCUUGCGGAGUCUUUGCCGAGAUAUGUGGUGUGAUGAGAGAGGAG